AUGCAAAUCCAGAUCAAGACACUCACGGGUCGAAAACAGACGUUCAACUUUGAACCGGACAACACGAUUUUGCACGUGAAGCAAGCUUUGCAAGAGAAGGAGGGCAUUCAAGUGGACCAGAUCCGGCUCAUUUACAGUGGCAAACAGCUAGCGGAUGACAAGACGCUGCAAGAUUACAAUGUCGAACCCGGUGGUACCAUCCAUAUGGUGCUACAGCUGCGUGGCGGACGCUAG